AUGGACGUUCUCGGGCGUUAUCUGACAAUUGGAAUCCACAUCAGUGUUCAAUCGUACUACCAUAUUAACGACACCGACGUCAAAGUAUUCAUCGCCUUCCUCACUAUGUUUAUGUUUUACCUUGACGACGCUUAUCCCCGGGGUGAUGUCGACAUCCUGGCUAGAGUUCCUACCUUCACAAAGCAUUUCAUUUCCUCGGAGGAACAACCGUGCAAAAUUCUGAAUGGUUUUUCGGAUCUUCUGAACGAAGCUUUCCGUAUCGUUGACAAAGUCGCCGCUGGCCUCAUUGUUUUUUCUGCUCUCAAGUUCAUUACGGAGUUAAUUCUAGAACAAAGCAAGGAUGAAUCUGCCCAUACAGUUGAAGAAUAUGCCAUGUUCCUUCGAGAGCUCGGCGGACUCGCUGAAGGAUAUUCCCUCCACAUUUUCCCCCGAGAGCUACCGUACGCCGUGUACAUCUGGGCCCUCCCUUGCAUGCGCGAUUUGUUGACUUUGGUAAUGACAUUCUCUCAGGCUCGCAGUGAGCCCAAAAUUAUGGUUCUUCACGACUUGGUUGGGAAGUACAUUAAAGAGUAUGAGACGGUCUUGCACAUACUGCAACCGCAUGCGGAUGCACACUACGCAUUUAAGGAGUUCGCGAGAGGGUACUUGGCAUUUCAUUUGGAUUCGAAGAUACCAUCUAGACUUGGAGCGCUCGUGUUGUCCUUAGAGCCGUAUUGGAUUGGGUAA